AUGCCGAAAUUACCGAAUUUUUCUUUGGUAUAUAUUGCGAUUCCUGAUGCAUUUGGUAUCGCCGUUGUCAUAUUUGCUGUGCAUAUUUCAUUGGCAAAAAUGCUUGCUAAAAAGAAUAACUAUACGGUUGAUCCGGGUCAGGAAUUAUAUGCUAUUGGGUUCACUUCUGUUCUUUCUGGAUUCUUUCCCGUUUUUCCACCUUCAUGUGCACUUGGUAGAACGCUUGUUAACAUUGAAGCUGGAUCGAGGACUCAGGUGAAACUUUUUUUUUGA